UAUAUUCAUUAUGGCUAUAUAGGUUUCAUAAAUUUUCUUCGCAAUUUGAAUAAACAGAGUUAAACUUCGUUUUAUGUCUAUCACUAACCACAGCUAACUUCGUGAUUAUUAUUAAACAACAAUAAAAGUGUGGUUAUGAAAUGAUUUAAAUUGAAACUUCUGCUUCUUAUUCACUUAAAAAUGAGCAUUUCUAAAGAAUCUUUGAAUAUUUUUAACCGCAAGAACCACCGAGAAAUGUUAACCCCUCACAGGCUGGCAUUGGCAGUAUUAAUUCACGACUUCUUCACAAUUCGGGAAGCCGACAAGGAUAUAUCUAGAGCACACAUAAGAGACUUCUGCAUCCUAAUAUUGAAACUGAUCCAAAGCCCCGAUCUGAUGCUAGCCGAAUUACAAGACAUACUCGGCUGCGGCAAAUACCUGAUACAGCAGCAGCUGAUCGACGAAUUCGACAACUCGCUGAAGCACCUCAACGACGACGGCACCGAUUACCUUCUACAACUCGUCGAUAACGUCGGUAAACUGAUCUUACGCGAUCCGGACGUCGUCACUACCAAACCCCAACUGCAGAUCGGCAAGAAGAGCGUCAUCGGUUACUAUCUGCGGCGGCUGCUCAUCAACUUCGACAAGCUCACGUUUUCGGAGGUCUCGUCCGUUAUCAGCGCGUAUCGACGCUAUUACUCGCCGAACGUGACCGAGAAGAAGCUGGGGAUGAAUCGCAAGUUGAAUUUGGUGUUCUACGAAGAUUGGUAUUCAAAUAGGGAUCAAUGGUCUAAAGGGCAAGCGCAACUGUUUAUCGCAACACAAGCCGCCCUGCUGACCAGUAACGAGGAGAAGGCGUUUAAUCCUAAGGAGCUGGGGUUGCACAUCAGGAAUUUGAUUAAGACCAAUCCCGAUUUGGCGGAGGGGCACUUUUUGAGUUACUUGAACUACUUACGCGUUAAGGAAUACUGCGGCGCGAUCAGCAGCCUCUACCAUUGUUUCGAUAAAAGCGGAUUUAUCGACUCGAAGGGAAACGUCGACGAGAUGAGCAAGGGAUUUCGGUUCGCCGCGCUUAAUUUGGCCGUGCUUUACUUUCAUUUCGGCCAUCGAAACGAGGCUUUGGCAGCACUGAAGGAGGCGAUCAUGCUCGCCCAACAGGCCAAUGACAACGUGUGUCUGCAGCACGCGUUAUCUUGGCUCCAUUGUUUAACCAACGCAAAUAAAGAUAAACUACUCGAGCAUUCCAUUUUGAAGAGUCUCGAUUUGAACUUGCCGUACAUCGUAUCGCUCGGGAUCCAAUCUUUUGUACAAUUCGCUGGGAUUAGUGGCGGUACACCGAAGUACAUAUUUGAGACCAUAACAAGAAGCGAUAUAGUCAACUGUCAGCACGGAUUCGGCGAUCUGACCUGUAGCAGCUACGCCCAGAAAUCGGGCAUGUGGCUGUUCUACGGAAAGUCGGAGAUGUCGUCGCUCUGGAGCCAGCUACUUCUCCACCUGACGCCGGAAAGUAACCCGUUGGGAAUCACCUACUUCGGGGAGGCCCUGUGCCAAUCGAUAUGCAACGUUGCCGUGCAAUUGUUGAACGAGGCGGAAUACGAGAAGUCCUACGCCCUACUGGUGUUGGCCAAGGAGAAGUUUCCGCACGAGCCCGUAUCGCACACGUGGCUACUUUGCGAGUGCAUUUAUACGUUCACGCGCUGCUUGCAUAGGCAGGAGUGGAUCGAGGCGGAAGCGGCAGCGCAGAGGAUGGCAGUGUACGAUGUGUGCGAGAGCCGUUUGCGGAUCGUCGAGCUCUUCAUACAAAAGCGGGACUUUAGCGCCGCCUAUAAGUGCAUUAAUGAACUAAUCGAUGUUCACAAUGACUUCAAUUCUCGGUUACGAAUUGACUAUCACGUUCGCGCGAUGAUUUUGUACGCGGAGAUACGAUACGCCAGCUGCUACCCGGACGUGAUCCCGCCUAUUGCGCUCCACGCGUGUUUGGCCUACGCCAACGACUUCUUCGUCGACUACUUAGGCGCGCUAAGUCACUUACGACUGGCGAACAUUCAGCUACUAAUGAAACUGCCGGCACAGGCGCUGAAGCUUCUUGAUAAAUGCCUGCUUCACAUUUUAACGCACGGAGGUCUCUACGAUCGCUCCAGGGCGAUGCUCUGCUACGCCAAGUGCAUCGUUGCGAACUCUAAGGGAACUGCCGAACGAAAUAAAACUAUUCUGGCCGCCGCCGAAAUGUUGACGAAGGUUGUCGCCGGGUUCACGAAGGUCGAAGCCUAUGCGAAAGUGAAGGAUGCCUUACAUUUACAAGCAUUAUUGUACAAUGAACUGAAUAUGGUGGCCGAACGAAACAAGUGCGCGUUUGACUUUCGAUUAGUCGAAGAGGAUUAUCCGACCGCUAGUAACAUUACUCCAGUUACAUAUUUGUAGUGAUCCCCGUGCGCGUUAUGUAAUUCUCAUGUUGAGAAGUAAAGGAGGAUAUUCUUUCAAUUUGGCUAUGCCAUGAAGGGAUCGACGGUUUUUCCAACAGCCGACACAGGCGAUAACGCUCAAAAUUAAAACUCCUUUACAUCUUAAAAAUACGGGACCAGUGCCAAAAGUCAAAGUUUUUUAAGGGCGCAUCUAACGGAUGCAAUUUCGACUUAAUCGGACGCUGUUAUCUGUAACCCAUUCAACUAAUUACGGUAAUUAUACUUAUC